AUGCCAUCAGCCUUCAAGGAGCAUGCACUGUUAUACUUUUUAUUAGAUAUAUCACAGUGUGCUGUUUACGGCUGUGAUUCAAGAACUACAAACUGCAAUGAAGCUGGUGACCUUUUUCCAACCUGUGACUGCAAGAUAAAUUUUACUAAGGAGAACCCUGAGGACCGAGCUUGUUUACUUUGUGACAAGUGCUCUUCAGAAGAGAAAAAAUACUGUUCCUUACAAGCGCAACAAGUUCCAGUUUGUCAGUGUCUGCCUGGUUUUGAAGAAAAGGGCAAAGUAUGUAACAAGUGUCCUUUCGGCUACUCUGGAGAAAACUGUAAAGAAAAUUACCUGGCAAUCCUUGUAGGAGUAGCUGUUGCAUGUGGAGUUGUUGUUCUGGUCUUAUCUGGAGUGCUCAUCUACUUAUCACUCAGAGGAAAAGAGGAGACUAAGGUUGAAAAAAGAAGCUUGCUAAGAAAUGAUUAUUCAACCGUAGAGAGAACUUCAGAAAACAGCUCUGCCAAAAACUCUGCUACAAAUGACAGGAUCUUCCCCAUAGUCCAAGCUAGAAAUCCUGCAGUGGCAUCCAGAACAACCAUGGCUAACCAAGGUGGCCAGGAAAAAUACAUCAGUGAAGCUGGCACAGCAAACAAGGGUUACCUUCCUGAGCAAGACUAUGAUGAUGCCAAUAAUGUCUGGCUUGAAAUGUCAUCAAAAGACAGAUUCUGAGUCCAGCCAAAAGAGACUGAGAACGUUUGUGAAGUUGAACACUGAUGAGGAACCCACAGACAUUUGCUCUGCACCAUUUUGUGAUAUUGUUGUUUGGUAAUUAUAGUGCUUAAGUACUGAUGGGGAGUCCUGGCAAUUACUUUGGAAGGAUCGACAUGCCACCUGGCUCUAAUUUUUCACCUAUGUUUGCUAUCUUC